AUGGGACCCCAUCCGGAAGACAGACUGGAUGCGGGUGGAUGGCCAUUCAAAUACACAGGACUGGACUACUUUGGGCCACUGCUGGUGACUGUGUCCCGUCACAAGGAGAAGCGUUGGGUCGCCUUGUUUACGUGUUUGACGACAAGGGCGAUUCACCUGGAGCUGGCGCAUGACCUGUCGACGGAUUCCUGCAUAAUUGCGAUCAGAAACUUCGUCUGUCGUAGAGGGCCAGUAUAUAGACUGCGAAGCGAUGACGGCAAGAACUUCGUGGGAGCUGACAGGGAAGCCAGGCGCUUUGGUGACGUAUUCGAGAUGGAGAAGCUUCAGAGUGAGUUGUCAAGCAGAAGCAUUGAAUGGGUUUUUAAUUGUCCAGCGAACCCGUCUGAGGGCGGAGUUUGGGAGCGCAUGGUGCAGUGCGUCAAGAGAGUACUGCGUCAUACCCUGAAGGAAGUUGCGCCGAGGGACCAUGUAUUGGAGAGUUUCCUGAUUGAGGCGGAGAAUAUUGUAAACUCGCGUCCGCUCACCCACUUGCCUGUGGAUGCGGACCAGGAGGCGCCGUUGACGCCAAACGAUCUACUCAAGGGAGUAGCCAAUCUGCCGGAUACGCCUGGAUUGGAUGCGGAGCUGCCCAAGGAGGGUUCUACGAGGAAGCAGUGGAGGAUUGCUCGCCUGCUACGAGACCGUUUCUGGAGGAGGUGGGUCAUGGAGUACCUGCCUACGCUUGUGCGCCGCGAGAAGUGGUGCCGCCGAACGGAGCCCAUCCACCAGGGUGAUAUGGUCUUCGUCUGUGAUCCUGCCUUGGCCCGACGAGAGUGGCGCAAGGGCAUCGUGGAGGAGAUCUACAGCGGAGCUGAUGGAGUCGUCAGACGCGCUAAGGUGCGCGUGAACGACAACGGCCUAUCUAGGACAAUGAUGCGACCCGUCUCUAAACUUGCAGUUUUGGAUUUGAGUGAAGCGGUUCUUCACGGGGUCGGGGAUGUCGCGGAUCGAAUAUUGUUAUCGAUAGGCUAGUUAGUAUUUUGAGAAGUCCGAAUGUGGAAGGAUUUGUAAGCCCAUAUGUGUCUGGGCACAUUGUUAUUAGCCAUUGUAAAUUGCCGGGAAAAUUUAGCUUUUCAUUGUCGUGUAAAAGUUGGAGGACACACUGCGAAUAAAACGUGUUCUACUACCACGGAUUAGUCUGCCCUUUC